CGGGCGCCAGGCUCCAGCAGCGGGUACUGAGCGGCGGCGGCGGCGGCGCCUUCAUGAGCGGGGCCGGGGUGGCGGCCGGGGCGCGGCCCCUCAGCUCCGCGGCCCCAGGCUCCCGGGGUGCGUCCCGCUCACGCCCGCGCCCUCCCGUCGGCCCGCAGCACGCGGGGACGCAGCCGGCUCCGCUCGGGCUCAGCGAGGCCCAGAAGCGGAUCCUGGACCUGGAGAAGAGCUUGCAGUUCCUACAGCAGCAGCACUCGGAGACGCUGGUCAAACUCCACGAGGAGAUCGAGCACCUGAAGCGGGAGAACAAGGAUCUCCACUACAAACUGAUCAUGAAUGAGAAGCCUCAGAAAAAAGGCAGCAUCUCUACAUCCAGCCUUCAGUCCAACAAGUCUGCCUCCAACUCCAUCACGUCCGCCAACUCACAAAGCAAGACCAGGCCCCAGCCCAGCUCCUUCAAGAAGCAAGAACUGAAGCCUGACACCCUCCAAAAGACAGACCUGGAAGAGCGGUCACUCAGCAGCGCUGCCCUGUUCCACGGCAGCAAGCUGGACAGAGUCCCUGAGGCGCAGGGACAGGCCAAAGACGAGGAUGCAGAGGCUUCCAAUUCUGGGGUCACGUUGCUGGGGGGCGUGCAUGGCCGGCAGGGGGCAGGGACGGCCUCCAUCCUGAACCUGCCUCCACACCUGCGCAAACCCACCACAGUGCAGCAGUGUGAGGUGGUCAUCCGUCAGCUGUGGAACGCCAACCUCCUGCAGGCCCAGGAGCUGCAGCACCUCAAGUCACUCCUGGAGGGGAACCAAAGGUCCAAAACUGCAGCUGAGGAGGCUGGGCUAGGCUCUCCAAAGGACCAGGAGUCCAUGCAGUUCCCCAGGGUCACCGCCAAGGGCCUCUCUAAGAAGUGCCUAAUUCUGAGCCCAAUGCCUGCAGCAGAGCGUGCCAUCCUGCCCGCACUGAAACAAAGCCUGAAGAACAACUUUGCUGAGCGGCAGAAGAGGCUGCAAGUGGUGCAGAGCCGGCGCCUGCACCGCUCCGUGCUGCUGAACCGGCGCCCUGGAGCCCGGCCGUCAUCUCUCGACAGUGGCUCGCACCAACCCUACUUUUCAGCCACACGGAAUUCCAAGACAGACAGAACCCACGACAGAUAAAGGACUUGCUCUCAGAACUGAGGAGACUGUCUAUUUCUUCUAUUUUACUAUUCCUGCAUUUCUGCAAAUGCACAUUAUAAAAUGUUAUUCUACUACCUGUUGACUGAAAAUAAAAAUUGUUUCUCCAA